GACGAGGAAGACAGCAGUAACGAUCCUUAUAGCCAGGUUCUCUCACAACAUUGGCUCGAGCUUUUCCAUUCGCGCCACUUGGGUCGACCUUUCGUGCGCGCUCGCGGCCCACAGGGAUGCCGAGAACUCGGCCGCGGGUGGUGCAGCCUGCCGUGAACCAGUGGGUCGUGGUGGCCGCCGAGCAGGGUGAGAGGCAGGCCCGCCAAGCGCUCGCGCGGUGCAGCCCGGCACUCACGACGGCGGUUCACGAGCCAGGCCUCGUGACGGUCAUCUACCCCAACCCCCUCGUCCUCCAGCACGGCUUCAGGGGCAAGGCUGUAUUCCACGUGACCGUCCCAGUCGCGCGCCUGCGGUUGUGGAAGGGCAGCGCCGCCGAGAAGCAACGGCUCGACGACGCGCUCCUGCACGCCGUCAAGAGCCGCCCUUGCUGGCUGGACGCCCGCCCAGCGCUCGUGACCCAAGGCAAUCGCGACCGGAGCCGCUCUCGCGACCGGGAUGUCGCGGCAGAUGGAAUCACGGCCCGCCGCGCGGAGGAGGAGGAGGCCGCCGCGCAGAGCCCUUUUCCUGGCCAUCUGAAGGACGUCGCAAUCUCCGAUGGGCUGGGCGCGGUGCCCGCGGCGGAUGUGGCGGCGCGCGGCCCCAGCGCAGGCUGCCAAGCAGAGGCGCCCAGCCAUGAGGCUGCCACCGUGCUGAGCGCCGACGUGGAGGAAGAGAUGGAGGUUGAGAGCCCCGCCGCAGAGGGGCUGGACGAGGAGGACGCCGCGCCGGUUUCCGAGACGGCGGAGACCCCCGCGACGGAGGCGUCCUGCGGCAGAGCUGCGCCGAGCGCCGCGGCGGCGGUGGCGGAGCUGCCCGCCACGGAGGAGCCAGGGGCGGCCACGCCGGUGGGCGCCACGCCGAGCACUCCCACGUUGAGGGCUGGAAGGACAGAAGGCCGAGCACUCGCGAGGACUCCCGAGCACUUCCAGGUCGAGCGCUCCCACGCCGCGCGCCGCCGGAGGACACAGACUCAUAGCAAGAUGCCGUACUGGUUGCCGAAGUUCACGUCGAUGGCCAGCCAGGCCUUUCGCGAAGCUGGAAGCGAGCGCAUGCUGGCGUCCAAAAUGGAGGGGCUGCUCACGAACGAGGUCUUCUCGAAGGCGGAGUUCGAGGAGGGCCUGUGGCACCUCAUCCAGGGCAACAAGGUCUGCCGUUUCGACGACGUCCUGUUUAUCGUUUGAGUCCUCAGGGGCCUGGUACGGAGCGGUCGAUUUGAAGGGAGGCUGAAUGAGGAGGGAGGAGACGGAGGGCAAUGUUUGAUGGGCCAUCGAGAUCCGAACUCGGUUCGGCACUCAGGGGCGAGGUGGCGCUCGUGAAGAUGCGGGGCGCGCACCGCUGCGCGCGACAGCCGACGGGGAGCACUGUCCUGGUGGGGAUGCAGGCUGCCUCUGGACUUUACGGUCAGCCGAGCUGGAGGGUAGUGCGCUGGGGAACGGCUGAGGGCUCGGCACCAUUGCGAGGGGGGAGCCACGCGCGCGCGUUGCGCGCCUCAUAGGGGCAAACUUCUCCUCCUCCUCCUCCUCCUCCUUCGAGGGUGGAGUGCCCCACAGUAGAGCGCACUAGCAAGGCUGUGUCUUGCCCCUCCCCUUCUGCCGCCGCUGCCUCAUCUGAUGCCACCCAAUCAGCGUUUGGCAUGUUCUCCUCCUGCCUAUCUUCGCCUACUGUCGCGG